AUGACGAAUCUACCCAAAGAAGUCGAGUUCCAGCAAGCUUACGAUGAGUUGGCCUCCACACUCACCAACAGCACCCUCUUCGAGAAGCACCCUGAGUACAAGAAGGCUCUCGAAAUCGUCGCCAUCCCAGAACGUAUCAUCCAGUUCCGCGUAGUCUGGGAGGACGACAAAGGUGCUGUGCAGGUCAACCGUGGCUACCGUGUCCAGUACAACUCCGCACUCGGUCCCUACAAGGGCGGUCUCCGGUUUCACCCUUCUGUGAAUCUGAGCAUCUUGAAGUUCUUGGGCUUCGAGCAGAUCUUCAAGAAUGCGCUCACUGGCUUGAUGAUGGGUGGUGGCAAGGGAGGUGCUGAUUUUGAUCCGAAGGGAAAGAGCGACAAUGAGAUCAGACGUUUCUGUGUGGCCUUCAUGGGAGAGCUGGGCAAGCACAUUGGCAAGGACACGGACGUACCGCAAGUUUUAGCUGGCGAUAUCGGCGUGUCUCCUCGUGAGAUCGGAUGGAUGUUCGGUGCUUACAAGAAGAACACCAAGCUGUGGGAGGGCGUCCUUACCGGCAAAGCUCUCAGCUGGGGUGGUUCGCUCAUCCGACCUGAGGCCACAGGUUACGGCACCGUCUACUACGUCGAGAACAUGAUGAAGUACGCCUCAGGUGGCAGUGAGACAUUCGCCGGCAAGCGGGUCUCCAUCUCUGGAUCCGGCAACGUCGCACAGUACGCCGCACUCAAGGCCAUCGAGCUUGGCGCAGUCGUCGUCUCCCUGUCCGACUCAAAGGGCGCCCUGAUCGCCACUGGUGACAAGGGUAUCAGUCCAGAAAUGGUCGAGACCAUCGCCAAGAUCAAGGUCGAGCGCAAGUACCUCACCGAUAUUGCAAGCACAGACGGAUUCUCCUCAUCCACAAAGUACAUCGAUGGCGCCCGGCCCUGGGAGCACGUCGGCAAAGUCGACGUUGCCCUACCUUGCGCCACUCAGAACGAGGUCUCCGGACCCGAAGCCGAAGCACUCGUCAAAGCCGGCGUCAAAUACGUUGCAGAAGGAUCUAACAUGGGUUGUACCGCUGAGGCUAUCGAGAUUUUUGAGAAGAACCGCCAGACCAAGACCGCCAACGAGGGCUCUGUGUGGUACGCUCCCGGAAAGGCGGCCAACGCCGGUGGUGUUGCCGUGUCAGGAUUGGAGAUGGCACAGAACAGUAUGCGAAUGAAGUGGACUACCGAGGAGGUCGAUGAGAAGCUCAAGCAGAUCAUGAAGGAGUGCUUUGAGAACGGUCUGCAGACUGCCAAGACAUUCGUCACACCCAAAGAAGGCGAGCGACCAAGCUUGGUAGCCGGGAGCAACAUUGCUGGGUUCAUCAAGGUUGCCAACGCCAUGAAGCAGCAGGGUGAUUGGUGGUGA